UUGACAGUUCUCUUCCGGGUUGUACUCGUGAGGGGAUGUAGCGCGUGAAAGGGUUAUCUACAAACCUGGAACGUUAAUAACCGUCAUUUUAUAUAUUAACCGUUGUAUUCUUGACAGCCGUUUUUUAAAAUACCCAGCACGUCAACUGAAAAACAUCGUUUGAAUUUUUUGGUGUCGGCUUCGUCUCUUUUGUGCUACGACAUGUUAGUCAGUUGGGUUUCGCUUACUUGUUUUCGUUAUAUUUUCGUCGGUAUUCUGUUUAAAUAGUCCCGUAAUCCCGCAGGUCACAAUGUCUGACAGUGCUGAAGUUAACGGUGCACCUGUCAUGAGCAGCAGUCCUCCUGCAAAAGAGGAGCAGGGAGGAGGAGAAGGUGGAGGAGGCUCGGAGAGGGAUGGAGGGGGUGGUCUGACUGACUCCCAGACAGAGGUGUUGGAGAGGUGUCUUCAUACACUCAAGCAUGCUAAAAAUGACAGUCACACGUUGGCUGCCCUCCUGCUGAUAACUCGCCUUUGCCCUGCAAACCAGCUUGACAAACCCACCCUGAGGCGCAUCUUCGAAGCCGUGGGUCUCAACCUUCCAGCUCGACUUUUGGUGACAGCGAUCAGAGGUAGUGAGAACUCCGGUUUACCCCCACACGAGCUCCUCUCUCUGGGAACAGCUCUGUUGGCUGCACUAAGCACGGACCCAGACAUGGCCGCCCAUCCACAACUCCUCGCCACCAUCCCACUCCUGCUGGGUGUUUUAGCGAACGGACAAGUGAACCAGGAAAAACAGGAGGGUCAGGAGAGCGAUCCUGCCAAUGUGGAAAAAUCAGCUACUGAAAAUAGUGAGCAAAAGGGUGAUGAUGACAGUGAAGUUAAGAACAAAUCAGCAUCACAGGAAAGCGCCUCCCCCUCUAAGCUAGAUGAGGCCAUGGCCGCUGACUGCUACCAGAUUCUUGCAGCUGUGUGUGCCUUACCCAGAGGUCAAGACCAGCUCCUGAGCAGGGGAGCUGUUCCAGCUCUGUGCCAAGCACUGCAUCAAAACCAGACUUUCAGCCGUGAGAGGGGGCUUCCUUUGUUAGGUUGCCUCCUCUCUGGUAAAACCAAAGACAAAGCAUGGAAUAAACACCCUGCAGAACUCCUCUCCUUGCUGGUGCAGCUCUCCAAAGACUUCUCCAAAGCAAGAGACCAGAGCAGGCUGGACAUGUGUGCUCAGCUGGUCCAAUUUCUGCCCCCAGCAGGUGAGGCAGUAGAGAAUGAGGAGUUGAAGGGAGUUGUGUUCCAGGUAUGGGGGGUAUUGAGACCCAUGUUGCAGGCUAAGUUGACACCUAGACAGAUUGGACCAAUACUGGUCCUCAGUGCUUGUCUGCUGGAUUUGUUUGGUUGGGAGCUUGUGGGACCGCCAAAGUUCUGCUGCUUAUUGGUGAACCGGGCUUGUGUGGAGGUCAGGAUGGGUUUGGAGGAGCCGCCAGGUAGCGACGUGAGCCCAGAGCUGCAGCACACACUCACAGGCUGUUACCGGAUCAUGGAGGCUGCUAUCGAGCAGGCCUGCUGUAUGGGAGUAUCACAGACCUCUGCACCCAAUCCUCCGAGCUCUUCCUCAUCACUCAGUCUGCAGCAGAGCAGGCAGGUCCUUGGGGUGCUGGAGGAGACUUUCUCUGCGCUUAUAUACUAUCUUCAGCAGGUGGAUCGAAGUCGCUAUGGUGACCCUUUUGUUUUCGCCACCUUUCGCUCUCUGUGCUCAUGGCUGGCUGAGGAGACAUCCUGUCUGAAGGAGGAAGUGACCGGACUUUUGCCCUUUCUGAUUGGCUACUCCCGCAGCCAUCUGCAGGGUGAGAGCACAGAGCAAGGCCUCUCUGAUUGGAUGGCUGAGCUAUCUGUCAGAGAGGAGACAGAGGCGUGGACAGGAAAAGAAGCUCUGAGGUAUCUUCUUCCUGCUCUGUGCCACCUGUCAGCAGAAGAAGGUCCCAGGAAGGUGCUGCUCACCCUCGACACCCCAGCAUUGCUGGUGGACUUUCUGUGUCAGUGCUGGACUUUUCUCAAAGGGAAAAGUGGUGGCGUGUCUAACAGGGAUCCCAGCAUGGAAACUGCCUGCUCUGCCAUCCUUAACUUUACUGUUACAGAACCAGAGAGAGUCAGGAAGGAUCCAUGUUUCAAAAAGCUUGAGUCUCUCCUGGGUGAAGCACUACCUGUUUUGGUUCAUAAACCUCGCCUGCUGGUUCUAACAGCUAAUUACUGCACAUUGGGGCUAAUGAUUGGAAGACUCAAAUCAGCUCUAUCAGGUUCAGUUGAAGCCAGUCAGAGACGCUUCUUCUCCUCAGCUCUCCGGUUCCUCCGGAGUGCUCUGGACUCCGGCUCCAGCCCCGGCCCAGUGAAGUUGAGCUCCGGCUGGGAGGAGAGCUGGGACGAGGUGGAGGAGCUGUGGAGGCUGAGUCUACAGGCUCUGGGUGGCUGUGUCCGUGCUCAGCCUUGGAUCACCACACUGGUCAGAGAGGAAGGUUGGCUCAAACACACACUCUCCAUGUUGAGUCAGUGUAGCGCUCUGCCUGACCAGCACACACAGGGGGCGCUAGAGGAGGCUCUGUGUGCAAUGGCAGACCAGUGCCCAGUGUGUAAACAGGAGAUCAGAGACACAAUGAGAAAUGAUAGAGGAGCUUUGAGCAGCAUGGAGAACCUGAAGAAGGCUGUGGGAUGGAAGUGAAACCAAGAACUGGGCUUUUCUAGGAGGAAAAGUUGUAAUAAAGGAGGGCUGUUACCACCAUAGUUAUGUGUUUGUGUACUUUACAGACAUGUCUGAUUUAUCACCUGCUGCUCCACAUCUUCUCUUAAGGAAUGACAAGAGCCCACACAUACAUCUCUCUUUGCAAAUGACAUUGCUUCAAAAAGAAAACACAUUUAUUUUUACAGUUGAAUCCAGUGUAAAGGCUUCACAGAUGUAGAAGUGUCCUAUGUCUUGUAGAUGUCUUAUGGAUAACUGCUUCAAUAAAGAGCUAUUUUGUUAGAAAAACAACCACACUCUUUUGCGCUUAUGUUUCUUCCUCUUCUUGUAGGUUUGACCAGUUAUAACUUUAGCCAUCAUCUGAUUUAACUUUUGUUCUGAAGCAAACAUGCAGUCAUGCAAUUAUGAACUCCAUUUGUGAUAACUCAUCAUUUUCUUUCUCAAGUUCCCUGCAUAUUUUUCUUAUUAUUAUAG